AUGUCAGAAUUUAUAGAGGAGUCUAGUGAAGAUAACAGUGAGUUUUCUAAAGGAAACCUAGUUGAACUUCUAUUUUCUGCAAUUUUGAAUGCAACAGACAAGGAUAAUGUAUUAAUAUUACCCACCAAAGUUUAUUUUAAUAAUGACUCAAACUCACAGGAUGAUGAUACACAAGAAGAAGUUCAAGCAGAUGUUGAAAAUGAGAAAGAUCAUAGUGCUCGAGGCUGGGAUGAUACUCUUAACAAUCCUAUCACUAAUAAUAACGAUUCUGAAAUAAUAGAAAAUACAAAAAAAUUAAUGAAAGAAAUGUUGCCAAAAUUAUUUCUGAAUGACUUCAUUAAUUAUCCCAUUAUCUGUGGUGAAGGAGCGAGAUCUAGAGCAUCACAACAAAAAAUUGUUGAUGAUGAUGUAAAAAAUGCCAAAAGCAUGGCAGAACUUUAUAAUCAUAUUGUCAUUUCAGAGGCUGAUGCUCAUUGA